CCACCGCCUGCCUGCUUGGAACCAUAAACAAGCCGUCUGAAACCUCAACCGCCGAACAACCUCAAAUUCACAAACUUUAUUUAAAGUGGAGUUUUACAUUUAACCGGAAUGUUGAAACAGGAUAAAGGACAGCAACACACAUUUGAGGACAAAUGGCCCUCAAUGAGAGCCAUUGUCUUGAAACUUCUCCAACAAGAACCUGUAACUCAAAAUGAAUGGCAAGAUUUAUUCUAUAAUGUUCAUUCGGUGUGUCUUUGGGAUGAGAAGGGGGCUGUCAAAGUCCGAGAUGCCCUGACAGAUGACAUAAUGGAGUUCAUUAAAAAGGCGCAAGUGAGAGUUAUGUCUCAUCAAGAGGAUCAGGCACUUCUGAAGGCUUACAUAGCUGAAUGGAGAAAAUUUUUCACACAGUGUAAUUAUCUUCCAACACCAUUCAGACAGCUAGAAACUUCUCUUGUAGGUUACAAAACUCCUGGUUUCAAGACGGCUACUGAAGCAAGCAUUGUGCGGAAGCUUAUGUUAGAUAGCUGGAAUGAAAGUAUUUUCUCAGACAUAAAGCAACGCCUUCAAGACUCAGCUAUGAAAUUGGUGCAUGCUGAGAGAGCUGGAGAGGCAUUUGAUUCACAGCUUGUAAUAGGGGUUCGAGAGUCUUAUGUCAACCUUUGCUCAAAUCCAAAAGAUAAACUUCAAAUUUAUAGGGAUAAUUUUGAGAAGGCGUAUAUGGAGGCUACUGAAGCAUUCUACAAAAUGAAAGCACCUCAGUAUUUACAUGCUAAUGGUGUCCAGAAUUACAUGCGUUAUGCUGAUUCAAAACUAAGGGAGGAGGAGCUAAGAGCUCAUAAGUAUCUUGAAUCAUGCAGUGGUUCAGUUCAACUAUUAACAGAAUGUUGUGUGAAUGUACUGGUGACAGCUUUCAAAAACACAAUCCUUGCUGAAUGUGCUGGCAUGAUAAAAGCUAAUGAAACUGAUAAGCUUCAGCUGAUGUUCAAACUGAUGGAUCGAGUACCUGAUGGUAUUUCUCCUAUGCUAGAUGAUUUAGUAGAACACAUUUUACAAGCUGGCCUUGAUGAUAUGAUGGCUUCUGCUGAUGUCAUUACACAGGAUUCAGAGAAAUAUGUUGAAAGGUUGCUACAACUUUUUAACCAAUUCAGCCUUCUUGUGAAAGAGGCAUUCAGCGAUGAUCCUCGCUUUUUAACAGCCAGAGAUAAAGCCUACAAACAAGUUGUUAAUGAUACUCAAGUGUUUCGUCUUGAGCUUCCAAGCAAACAGAACUCAGGUGUUAAGUGUCAACCAGAAUCAAAAUGUCCAGAGCUCCUGGCAAACUACUGUGAUAUGUUGUUGAGAAAAACUCCCCUUAGCAAGAAACUUACGUCUGAUGAAAUUGAGAGCAAACUUAGAGAUGUGCUCCUUGUGUUGAAAUAUGUUCAAAAUAAAGAUGUUUUUAUGCGCUAUCACAAAGCACAUCUUACACGACGUCUUAUUUUGGACACAUCUGCAGAUUCUGAAAAAGAAGAAAAUAUGGUAGAAUGGUUACGAGAAGUAGGUAUGCCAGCUGACUAUGUCAACAAGCUAGCUCGGAUGUUCCAAGAUGUAAAAGUUAGUGAAGAUCUCAAUCAGCAAUUUAAAGAGCAGUGUAGAUCAACUAGAGGAAGCAUAGCAGAUUCUAUUAACAUUAAAAUAUUGAAUGCUGGUGCGUGGGCUCGAGGAAGUGAGCGUGUAACUGUGUCACUUCCCAUGGAACUGGAAGAUUAUAUUCCAGAAGUUGAAGAUUUUUACAAGAAAAAACAUAGUGGCCGAAAGCUGCAGUGGUAUCAUCAUAUGUCCAAUGGAACAAUAACUUUUGCGAAUUCUGUGGGAAGAUAUGACGUAGAUGUCACAACAUUUCAAAUGGCUGUAUUAUUUGCUUGGAACCAGAGGUCUCAGGAUCGUAUCUCAUACGAAAAUCUAAGACUUGCCACAGAAUUGCCUGAUCCUGAGCUGAGACGCACUUUAUGGUCCCUUGUUGCAUUUCCCAAAAUUAGAAGACAGGUUUUGCUGUAUGGACCAGAAGUACAGUCUCCAAAGGACUUUGAUGAAAAUACUCAGUUUUGGGUAAAUCAAGAGUUUGCUCUAGUCAAAAACGGAAAGUUACAAAAGAGAGGUAAAAUUAAUCUUGUAGGUAGACUUCAGCUUUCUACUGAAAGAAGUAAGGAGGAAGACAAUGAGAGCAUUGUGCAACUUAGGAUACUACGUGUUCAGGAAGCUAUCAUUAAAAUUCUUAAGAUGCGCAAGAAGAUGAGUAAUGCUCAGCUCCAAACUGAACUCGUUGAUAUUUUAAAGAACAUGUUCCUCCCUAGCAAAAAAAUGAUUAAAGAGCAAAUUGAAUGGUUAAUUGAACACAAGUAUAUGCGUCGGGAUGAAGAUGAUAUUAACACCUUUAUUUAUAUGGCCUGACACAGUAUUUAAAGUGAUUGCAUAUAUGUAUUUUAUCUGGAUGCCACUUGAGCUGGUACUCCACAAGCCAAAUUUUAUUAAGUAUCUUGUUGAACAAAUGUAUUUUCACAUACUAAUGUUUUAGAUUGUUGCAAGGUGGUUUCCUCCUACGUUAAGAUCAAAUAUUGUUAAUUGGAAUAGUUCAAUCAUUAUAUCAUGAAUUGAAGCUGAUUAUGACAUCAUGAAUUUCCUGGACUUUAUUUUUAUUGUCAGAGAACCUCUUAAUAUGUGUGCAGUGAUCCGUCCAUACCAUUUAACUUGUCUUGAGCUCAUUGCGUAACUUCUGCGAGUCAUAUCUAUUUUGUUUGUUUACCAGUCUACCUUUUAUGUAUUAACAUUCAAUUUUUUCUUUUAAAUAGUUUGAUUAAUUAAACAGCCAGUAGUGACACCCGUGCCAUAGGCCAUAGGCAUAACUACGUAAAGUGUUUGAAAUCAUUGAAUCUGUUGUAGUUUUUGAUUGAUUCUAUUGAUUGGUAAGUUUUCUUAUGGACUUCUCUUUGACUUUAUUGUACAUUUUGUACAAUGUGUAUACUGAUAUAUUUCUGAGAAACAAUAUGAAGUUCAACCAUCCUUACUACCUAUCAUGUAAAGCUGGGUUGAUGUGAUUGUAACACAGGAUCUAAAAUUAUUGAUAUGAGCUGUAGCUAUCACCUAUGAAUGAUAAGAUCAGAUGUAGCAGAAUGCGGAAGUGAGUCUUGGCAAGCUAUAUUUUGUUUUCAAACAAAACAGUAUUUUUUGUUUGAUUUCUUAAAAAUGCAUUUUUUAUCAAUGCAAAAAAAAAGAAGAAAAAAAAGGAAAGGAUGUAUUUUUCACUUUAAAAUCAAGCUCUAGCUGCGUCCAGAUACAUGGGUGCAUUGGGUGCAUCACAGAGUGUGUCUGCACAGACUCAGGCACCCAAUGCACCCACGUAUCUGGACGCAGCUUCUGUUAAUCAGUAAAAGAAAUACAAACUGGUCUGUCAUAAUUAUUCUUAUGACCCUGUACUUGACUGCUAGCUAAUUUAACUUCAUGUGUCCAUUAAUAAAUUUAGGGGCAGGACUUGUUUGCUCUUGAUGCUAUGAGAUAAUGUGGGUAUAAAUUGCAUGAUUCCAAUUUUUUAAAAUCAUUUGGUAAAGUGAGUCUAAUCUGUUAUCUCUUGGGUGAUCGACUGGCAUUGUUGCUUCGGAUUGUGAUAUAAUAAUGCCUUGUGGCCUAAAUCAAUACUUUAAAAAGACAAUAUGGAAUAAAGUUGAAGAUUGUGUACAGUCUAAGUCCUCUAAAAACAGUAUAUAUGCAUCAAAAAAACAAUCACACGGAAACCAAAGUGCACCUCAUUGACUUCUUGCUGCAAUUCCUUGUAUUUGUUCAUUUUGCAUUCAACAAUUCUAAAAGUCUUCAUUGUAGUUUAGUUGGUUUACUGGAUGUUAUGUUAAGAUUAUUUUUAAACAUCACUUUUUAGCUCUGUGAUCUUAAAAUGUUCAAUUGCAAUAUUUGUUAAAUUGUUGUACACUUAAUAUUGCAUUUGGCCAUUGAGAAUCUCAACAAGGAAAUUAUAAAUAUGCCUCAGUCAUUAAGCUUUAGAUAGAUUGAAUGGAAAAAAAAAAUAUCUCUACAGGUUAUUUGUUUGUAUGUAUUUGUACUUAAUGCACUUUGUGUAUUUUGUUGUUACUGAUGUUCUUUUUUCCCCUUGUCAAAUAAAUAGGGUAUUUUUGUAUCAAUACUGAACUAGAAGUGCUCUUGUAUAUUUAUUAUUUUAUUGAUUGUAAUGACUGAAUCAUUGUGUACAUAGAGUGAAAUGUCUAACAGCUAUUUUUGCUCAA